AUGCGUCAUAAACAGAAACAACCCAUCAGAUUGAAGAUCCUGAAGCAGUAUACCGCGGAUACCAUGCUGGCAGCUUUUAAAGCUGUAAAAGAAAAUCACAUGCCAGUAGAUAGAGCAGCUGUGGCUUUUGGUGUUCCAAAACAAACAUUAAGGGACAGGGUUCUGAACAAAGUAAAAAUAGGAGCAAAGAGGGGAAAGAAUUCCUUGUUCACAUUGGGCGAUGAGGAGCUGCUGGUAAACCAUAUUGAAACCCUGGCACAGGUGGGAUAUGGUCUGAAUCGCGCACAAUUGAUCGUUCUUGCCGGUGAACUUGCUGUAAAGCUUGGUAGGCGCAAUUCAAAUGCCAAGCUGAGUAAUGACUGGUACUAUACCUUCUUGAAAAGAUGGAAUCAUAGACUAAAGGUAAUAAAACCAAGGGCCCCAACAUCAACUCGGGCAGCAGGAGUGACGCAAGAACACAUUGACAAUUACUAUUGUAAACUGAAUGCUGUUCUUGAAAAGUAUAAUCUCAAGUCGAAACCACAUCUGAUCUACAAUCUUGAUGAGACUGGAAUACAACCUGAACACAGGCCAUCAAAAGUCACCACUGGUGUUUCGUCAAGUAAAACACAAGAAGUAACCUCACCAAACACAGGCACCACUACCAUAGUAGCCUGUGUAAAUACAGCAGGUACUGCUAUGCCACCCUACUAUGUCUUCAAAGGGAAACGGACAAACGACAAGUUCAUGAAUAAUGCAUUAGCUGGUGCAGCCUACACCAUGUCAGACUCUGGGUGGGUAAAUGGUGAAGUUCUCAUGAAGAACCUCAAUGAACACUUCUUGAAAUUCGUACAAAGGGGAUCUGGUGACAACAUUGAACCCAUCUUGUUGAUUUAUGACGGGCAUUCAUCACUUGUGUCUCUCGACAUUGUAAAGUGGGCCAGACAGCACCAUGUGAUCUUUUUUGUUCUCCCACCACACAGUUCGCAUGCCCUCCAACCAUUGGACAUAGCAUGCUUCGGUCCAUUCAAGGCCACAUUCCACAGUGAGUGCCACUUAUAUAUGGCAAAGGAAAGGGGUAGAAUAAUUACGAAGUAUGAAAUUGCAGAGUUGUCAGGAAAAGCCUACUUGAAGUCUAUGAUACCAAUCACAAUACAGGCUGGAUUUAGAAAAGCAGGAAUAUUGCCGUUUGAUGCAGCCAAGGUCCCUGUUGAGAUGAUUUUGCCAUCGCAAUCAUUUCCGAAGAAGAUUUGCAACACAGAAGCACCGAGAAUGUCAAUGAAAGAACUUUUAGAUAACAAACUGAUUGAGACCGCCUCAAAAACAACACAAGAUAUAACGAAACCAAAGGAAUUUCAGAUCAAAGACACCAUGCAGAAACCAAAAUUAGGGGGGAAGCCCAUUACUGAGGACAAGGUUUUCAAUCAGAUGAUAGAUUACCAACUUGAAUAA